GUUUGGGGGGUGUGUGUAUUGUUUCUGGGGUUGCUGUUCGGUCUGUCUGAGGUGCGGGUGUGGCUGAGGAGGUCCAGGCGUUGCCUGCUGGAUUAGGGAGUGUGCUUCGAGCUUUGAGAUUGACAACACAAACGCCACCAUGCCGUCUUUUGGCGGAAUGCAGCAAGCUGUCGGUCAGCUGCGGCCUGCGGCUGCUGCUGCCUUGACCGUCCAGCUCGAGGAUCUCCCUGUCGAGACCACGAUCGAGAUCCUCUCCCAUCUCGAUUUCGCGACGCUCGAUAAGAUGCUGCUGGUUAGUAGGCGGCUGAAACGGAUAAUCGAGUCGCACUGGGCUACGAUCCUUUCAGCUGUUGUCGAGCAGGACUUCUCCCCGGCCGAAGGCUUCCUUGCCGUCCUCCGCGAUGUGAUUUUGCCAGGCUCGGGUGUCCACUCGGCGGACUCCGGUAUCCUCAACGGCUCAUCUCAGCUGAAGCUGCCGUCCUCGGCCGGCGGAUUUUAUGCUGUCAUGAACUUUUGCCGCGCCGUCAAGCGCUGGGAGGCCGAGUUCCCGAGCCUUCGCUUCUGUUACCUCCCCCAGCAUAGCAGGAGCUUGGAGCCACACGAGCUUCGCCGGUUACGAUCAGCACUGUACGCUUGGUGGAGGUUUGCGCACGCCUUUCACGGGCCCGCACCAUGCCCUCCUGGCUUGGACAACAGCCCGGAGGGCCGGCGCAGCUUUAUCCGACAAUUCUCCACCGCGCAGCUCCAUGAGCUCUACGAUCUCUGGUCGACUAUCGAUGCCGCAGUCGGGACGAGAGUGUGUCCGAGCACCAGCGCGGUGAUAGCGAUGGGGAAUCCGGGAGCACCGUGGAAGAUGAUGACCAUGGAGGAGGCGGCUCGCAUUGGCUGGGGUACUUACGCCGUCCACAUCGAGAUUGUCCAAACUAUGGUCAAGCUUCGGCCCGAAGAUCUCCUCCAUCUGCUGGUGUAUCGGCACCGCUAUGCAACAAAGGCGAGCGUGAUACAGUUCGUCAGGCUACGACACCCGCGGAUUGAGGAGGGCCCGCAAACGUUGACCGCAGCGAUUCUGGACGUCGUUGAAGAGCGUCAGAGCUCACCCUUCCCGCCCUUCCCGUUUAAGCUUUCAUUUCCCCUUAACCAUGGCGGCAUCCUCGACCACAAGACGCCGGAGCUCGAAGCCCUGCGUGAUGUCUACAAUACGGAUGCGGGUUCGGGCGUUCAUGACUAUCCGCAAUGGCUGCAGGAUCGUGACUUGUCGAUGACUGUCCGAGGUGGUCGGUUGGAUUCGAAUUCAUAGGAUGCCUUCUCGUCUGCCAUGAUGACCCGCAAGGUGGAGGAGACGGAGAAGUGAAAUGUUCAGGGUUUGGGGUUUCCAACGAUACUCUGGCGUUCCCGGACCUGUAGACUAGACA